GGCGGCGCGGGGCGCACGGCGCUGCUGCGCCCGCGGCGGGGCUCGGCCGGCCGCGUGUCCUGCGGCUGCGGGGGGCUGCACACCGAGGGAGACAAAGCCUUCGCCCAGUUCCUGACGGACGAGAUCAAGGAGGAGAAGAAGAUCCAGAAGCACAAGUCCCUGCCCAAGGUCUCCGGGGGUUGGGAGCUGGAGGUCCAUGGCACAGAGGCCAGGCUGGUGCGGAAGAUCGCCGGGGAAAAGAUAACGGUUACAUUCAACAUCAAUAACAGCAUUCCACCCUCGGCUGAAGACGACACACAAGAAGGGCAGAAACCUGAUGAGCAGGAGCCUGAACUUACAUCAACUCCAAACUUUGUUGUGGAAGUAAUAAAGGAUGACACAAAGCAGACCCUUGUUCUGGACUGCCAUUACCCUGAGGAUGAGAUUGGCCAUGAAGGAGAGGAGGAAAGCGAUAUUUUCACCAUUCGGGAGGUCAGUUUCCAGCCCACUGGAGAGUCCGACUGGAAGGACACCAACUACACCCUCAACACGGAUUCCCUGGACUGGGCUCUCUAUGAUCACUUGAUGGAUUUCCUGGCUGACAGAGGAGUGGACAACACAUUUGCUGACGAGUUAAUAGAGCUCAGCACUGCACUGGAGCACCAGGAGUACAUUAAAUUCCUUGAAGACCUCAAAAGCUUUGUCAAAUGCCAGUAGGGUAGGCUAGGAAAUUUAUCUUCAAGUGUGGGUAUUCCACAGUGCUGCUUCAUCCAGCAAUGCCCAAAUGUAUCUUCACAGUGGAUACAGAGAGUAAGUAAGUUGGAAUUUGGAGAAUGGGAGAACGAGGAUUCCCACUUGUAUUUGGGGAUUUGUAUUUAUGUUGCAGCCCAGAUCAAGUUCACUGACGUCACAGUCUGGAAUUGCCUUGCCCUGCGUGGUGGGUUUUGUACAAUUAAGAAUGAAUGUGAAGAAUAAAAACUGUUCAACAUAUCACUGAAAAA